AUGGUCACCUAUAAUAAUGCCUGCUCUGUGCCUAGCUCGUUCUGGCUCGUGGGCAUCCCAGGACUGGAAUCCCUGCACAUCUGGCUCUCCAUCCCCUUUGGCUCCAUGUACCUGGUGGCUGUGGUGGGGAAUGUCACCGUCCUGGCUGUGGUAAGGAUGGAACGCAGCCUACACCAGCCCAUGUACUUCUUCCUGUGCAUGUUGGCUGUCAUCGACUUGGUCCUAUCAACCUCUACCAUGCCCAAACUAUUGGCCAUCUUCUGGUUUGGUGCCUGUAACAUUGGUGUGGAUGCCUGCUUGACCCAGAUGUUCUUCAUCCACUGCUUCGCCACUGUCGAGUCAGGCAUCUUCCUUGCCAUGGCUUUCGAUCGCUAUGUGGCCAUCUGUGACCCACUACGCCAUACCUUGAUGCUCACCCAGGCUGUCGUGGGUCGUUUGGGGCUAGCUGCCCUCCUCAGGGGGGUUCUCUACAUUGGACCUCUGCCCCUAAUGAUUUACCUGAGGCUGCCCCUUUACCGAACACAAAUCAUUGCCCACUCCUACUGUGAGCACAUGGCCGUGGUCGCCUUGGCAUGUGGUGACACAAGGGUCAACAACUUUUAUGGUAUGGGAAUAGGCUUCCUGGUAUUAAUCCCUGAUUCAUUAGCCAUUACUGCUUCCUAUGUGAUGAUUUUCAGGGCUGUAAUGGGAUUGGUCACCCCUGAGGCCAGGCGUAAAAGCUUAGGGACAUGUGGUUCUCAUAUCUGUGCCAUCCUCAUCUUCUAUAUCCCCAUUGCUGUUUCUUCUCUCACCCACCGCUUUGGCCAUCACGUGGCUCCCCAUAUCCAUAUCCUUUUGGCCAACUUUUACCUCCUCAUCCCUCCUAUCCUCAACCCCGUUGUCUAUGCUGUUCGCACUAAGCAGAUCCGAGAGAGACUUCUCCACAUUCUUAAGGCGGGGGCUCAACCCAGGUGA